AUGAAGACCAGCAUCCUGCUUAUGUUCCUUUGGGGGUUGUCCUGUGCUCUUCCAGUAACCAGGUAUCAAAAUACUGAAUCUGAGAGCUCUGAAGAAUGGAAGGGUCAUUUGGCACAGACACCAACACCACCUUUGGAGAGCAGUGAGUCAUCAGAAGACAGUAAAGUUAGCUCCGAGGAACAGGCAAAUGAAGACCCCAGUGACAGUGCUGAAUCAGAGGAGGGCCUUGAUGAUCAUCAAAAUAUGCACAGGGCAGCUGAUGGCCUCUCUAGGAGUGGAGGAAAAGAAGGAGAUGAUAAAGAUGAUGAUGAAGAUGACAGUGGAGAUGACACUUUUGGUGAUGAUGAUAAUGGCCCAGGACCUGAAGAGAGACAAGGAGGAAACUCCAGACUCAAAAGUAAUGAGGACUCAGCCGACAUCACACAAUCCAGGGAAGAUAGUGCCCUGCAAGGAGAAGACAGUACCCAAGAUACCACCAGUGAGAGCAGGAACCUUGACAAUGAGGAUGAGGUGAACAGCAGGCCUGAGAGAGGUGACUCUGCUCAAGAGAGUGAGAGUGAGGAGCACUGGGUGGGAGGAGGCAGUGAAGGGGAUAGUAGCCAUGGGGAUGGCUCUGAGUUUGGUGAUGAAGAAAUGCAGAAUGAUGAUCCAGACAUUAUCAGGAGUGACAGAGGCAACUCCAGAAUGAACAGUGCUAGUGUCAAAUCAGAAGAAUUGAAAGGAAACAGUGAUGAGCAAGCAAGCACUGAGGAUUCAGUUGACAGCCAAUCAUUGGAGUAUCUCAGGAGGAAAAUUUUCAGAAAGUCCCGUAUUUCUGAGGAAGACGAUAUAGGUGAGCUUGAUGAUAGCAACACAAUGGAAGAAAUCAAGAGUGACUCAACAGAAAACACCAACUCCAAAGAAGCUGGCCUCAGCCAAUCCAGGGAAAACAGCGAGAGUGAAUCUCUAGAAGAGAGUGAGGAGACUCAGUCUCAAGAAGAUAGUCAAAAUGUACAAGACCCCAGUAGUGAGUCCAGUCAAGAGGUUGAUCUGCCAUCUCAGGAAAAUAGUAGUGAAUCUCAGGAAGAGGCAGUGAGUGAGUCCAGGGGUGACAACCCAGAUAACACCACCAGUCACUCAGAAGAUCAGGAAGAUAGUGACUCCAGUGAAGAGAAUAGCUUGAAUAAACCGUCCAGUUCAGAAAGUGAAUCCACAGAGGAGCAAGCUGACAGUGAAUCCAAUGAAAGCCUCAAAGAUUCAGAGGAGAGCCCAGAGUCCACUGAGGAGGAGAACAGUUCUAGCCAGGAGGGCCUCCAGUCUCACAGUGCCUCAGCAGAGAGCCAGAGUGAAGAAAGCCAGUCUGAGCAGGACAGCCAGUCUGAGGAAGAUGAUGCCAGGGAUUCUCAGGACAGCAGCAAAUCAAAAGAAGACAGCAACUCUACUGAGAGCAAAUCAAGCAGUGAAGAAGAUGGCCACUCAAAAAACACUGAGAUAGAAAGCAGAAAAUUAACAGUUGAUACUUAUCACAACAAACCCAUUGGGGAUCAAGAUGACAAUGACUGCCAAGAUGGCUAUUAG